AUGGUUCCGUCUCUUGUCUAUUAUUGUCUUCACCUUCUCUCGAAUUCACCAGAUCAAGCACAUCUCCUCAAUCUCCGCCUCAACUACCGUUCUUCCCACUUUUCUAUUCCAGACAAAUACCUCGACCCUCGUCUCUGGGCCACCCUCGUACAGAUCUAUAAUGGUCUGCCUACCUCUCUUUCAGUCUACAAUUUACCAUUCGACAAUCCCCAUCUCAACCUCCUCCAGCACAUUUCCAAUACAUCCCUCUUUUCCCUCGUUACCAUCCUUGAAUUACCCGGUUGUUCCCAGGUAACCGAUGUCACAAUAACACGUCUUGGUGCCCUUCAUACCCUCAUCGCAUUGGACGCGUCCAGCACCUCUCUCACCCCCUAUGCCAUCAGAACUCUGGCAGCUACCCUUCAAACCGAGGAAUUGUCUCACAGAGGUCCAUGGCCUUUGCGAAUUUUGCGUCUUAGAAACUGCAAGAACAUCACAAACGACGUCUUCCCUCAUCUUGCAAAGUUUGUUCUGUUGUCAGUUAUUGACCUUAGAGGUACCAAGUGCUCCUCUAUUCCACCUGAAUUCAACCAGGGGAAUGAGCAGGUUUUGUACCACCCAUCCUCACUCUACACUGCUCUUUCUGCCCUCCAAAAACUUUCACCCACCCUUCACUCCUCAAAAAACCCUUUCACACUCCAAAUCACAACUUUUAAUGACCCCCUAGCCAAGCCCCAAACCAAAGUCUCCACCGUCGCGCCUCAGAAUUCUUUUGCUGUGAUUCCUCGCAAGAAAACGGGCUCUCAAUCUAGAAACAUUAUCAUUGGAAACACAGCAACACUUUUCACGGAGGAAGAACAAAGACAGGCUGGAUUUUAUUCUAGAAACAAACAGGGCAGUUUCAGUCAGAGACCAAAAAAGCGUGACAACCUGUCGUCGUCCCCGCCUGUAUACGACCCCGAUCAGUUCUUCCUUAAUGAGGAGGUGGAAGAUGAAAGCAUUCACGAACAUUUAGACGUGGAACGCGAUAGAGAUACUCAACGGCACGAAGAAAGGGACGCUCGGCAAAUUACAGCUCAUGCGUUCUUCGCUCGCCCUCAACGUCGUAUAGGUCAACUUCCAAAGGACCCCGGUGAAGCAAAGUUAAUGUUGUACCGCGAGCCGCUGGCAUGGUCGCACCUUGCAAAGGUUAUGUCAGGCAUUCAGAAGAAGGAAAUGAUACGGAUAAAGAAGAAAAAAGAGGAGAGUGGGCAUCCAGAGAUUGCUGUUGUCGACCGGAGGGCAGGAAAAGCGGCGGCUGCGAGGCAACAGCUGGGAGAACUUUUGGUAAAACGCGCACAUGAGGCUGUCAACACCGUACCGCAGCAAAACCAACCUCCACCCAGACACCCAAGUAGAAAUCCGUUUAAGCGUAAAUAG